AUGCCGCCACGCAAGAAAAGCAGCCAGAAAGGCAAGCAGAGGGCGGAUGAGGAGAAGCCGUGGGUUGAUCCCCCUUACGUCGUCUGGAUGAAAGCGCAGGAAGCAAAAGGGGCAGCUCGCCCACGCAUCGCGAACGAGGCUGCCGACGCCCCAGGACCAUCCGCGCCGUACAUCGCCCACGACGAGGACGGCGCCGCCGAAAAUAUCGACGCAGACUCUGACGUCGACUCUGACGAGCUCGAGGAGAUAGUGUCAUCGAGUGAAAGCGAGGCAGAUUCGGACAACAGUGACGCAGACGAAAGCGAGGACGGGGAUGACGAAGAUGGCGACGCGACGACUCGAGCUGCAGCCGGGCGAAAACGGCCCCGACGCAAGUCCCGCGCGAAGACGGACAACAACUACAACACAGAGUGGGCUCCAGAGGAGCUUGUGGAAUUGGCUGCGGCCCGCUGGAACACCCGAGACGACAUAAAGGCACUGAAAGGGAAACAAGGCUCGCAGUACUGGAAAAAACUGCGGAAACAUAUGAAGAAGGCAAACCCGGGAUGGGAUCGCGAGAGCGAGCCGAUGAAGCAGGCCUGGAAGCGCAUUGUGGCGGACUACCGCAAGCUGGCCCGCAAGGACAUGGGAUCCGGUAACAAGGCAACAAAGAAGCCACGAUGGUGGGGAUAUGUGCAGAACCUCAAGCAUGGCACGGCGGCCGUUAGGCCGCAUGUGGUGGAUGGCGGAGGAGCGGGCGUGACUGACGUGGACCCUAACGCGUACAUUCCCGGCCCAAACGACGACAGUGCUGGUCCGUCAGGCACACCUGCUCCUAUGGCCGCCGCUUCAGGAGCUGGCACGCCGGGAAAGACACCAAGGCGCCGCGUAGACGAGACGGCAACCAUGGGUGGUGCACGCUUGAUCUCGGAAACUAUUGUCGCCUGCACGAAGGAAGGCCUGCAGCAACUGAACCAAAUGGCCCAAUUUGUGGUGGCGGCUAUGACCCUGGCUGCACAUGGCGUGCCUCCGCCUGCGAGUGCUGCCCGUCCGGAGAAUGCAACGGCAGAUGGGAAUGGCAGGCCCCUGCACCCGCCCACGCAGCGCCCACUGUUCUCCGCACCAGAGACGCGCAACGAUGCCAACCCUGGGCCAUCUACGCAGCCGCUGUAG